AUGUUUGUCUCACCUCCGCCCACAUCGGCCACAAAUCUAUUACCUGGGGUACUCGCAAAAAGGAAAACCAAUGACCUAGCUACGAUACCAGAAGGUAAGAGUAGCAGUUCGCAUAGUCUACCACAGGAUCAACCCAUGCUUAGUAACAAUGGAAAGAAGGAUUUUGUCAAUGCCCCUCCAGAGUUUGCCAAUAGAGCUCGUGAUGAGAUUAAGAGACGGCUAUUACAGAAACGUUCAGGAUCAACUGGUGGCGCCAGGUCAUUACAUUCAUACCGCAGUAAUGCAUCAUCUUCAAGACAAGAUUAUGGAUCGGAUGCGGCGUCCAUUAUUACUGGGCUGACGAUGUCAUCAGGGACAGGUUCCUCGAUUUUCUCGUCACCCUCUUUCAAUACAAUUUCUACGCAACUUACUGAUGCGUCAUCUGUGAUAGAUCAACAGGACUCGAAACCUUUGACACUUACACUAGAGCAAGCUUUACCAACAAUAUUCUACGACAUGUACAGCCCAGAUAUUUUGAUGAAUCCUCAAAAUUUGAUGAGCAACGGAAGGCCGAACUUUACUAAGAGAGAACUUUUAGAUUGGGAUAUUAAUGAUAUAAGGUCGUUACUCAUAAUAGAGUCCUUGAGGCCCGAAUGGAACGGGAAACUUCCUACCAUAGCAUUCAAUCAACUGCAGGGUAACAAUGGUACGGAACCAUCUAUUCCUGAGUUCAGGUUCCAGUUAUUACCACUGAAUUCCCCAGAUGAAUUCAUCAUAUCGACGUUGGUAAGUUCUGAUCUUUAUAUCGAAGCUAAUCUUGACUACGAGUUUAAGCUAACCAGUGCCAAAUAUACAGUCAAUUCAGCUAGGAAAAGACACGAAGAGCUAAUAGGCCAUCACGAACCAGUCAUGCAACUAUCGAAGCCUGAAUGGAGAAACAUUAUAGAGAACUACUUACUUAACAUUGUAGUUGAGGCACAAUGUAGAUUUGAUUUCAAGAAGGCUUGUUCUGAGUACAAAAAAUGGAAGUUAGAUCAACUGAAACAACAAGCUCUCCAACAAAACAUGAUUCUUCAGCAGCAAAAUACUGUAAAGAAACCUAAUAUGCCACCUCCAUCAAUAAUACCGAAGAAGUCUAAGAAUUCGCUGCUCAGAAGGGCACUACUAAGAAACUCUCAAAUCAAGAUCGAGGAACAAUUGGAACUUGAACAGCAACAGGCUUUGCAACAGCAACAACAACAAGCUCCUGUGCCAUUAGUCGAAGUACCUACGAAAGUGUCUUUAACAAAAGACGAAAAGUCAAUGGUCUGGUCCCAUUGCCAACUGCAAGUGUACCAAAGACUAGGUUUAGAUUGGACACCUGACAAUGUCAGUGCAAACAGAAUCCAGUCAUGA